GAAUUGAACAGAUGGUUGAACAAAAUGGUGAUUAUCUGAAACAAUUGGGUAUUAAUAUGAAUAAUUUAGAAAAAGAAAUGAAUUCAGCUAUUGCCAAAGAAUCCAGAUAUUGGCUUGAAAAUGAUGCAAAAAUUAGAGCAGUUCAACAAGGAGUUCCAACAUAUGAUGAUUUUAGAGAGCUUGUCGCUGGAUGCCAUUUGAAGCCUUUGGAUCGCUCAGAACUGACCAACACUAUUCGUCAAAAGUCUAGCUGGAACUACUCAACAACAUUAUUGGGUAAUAAUAACGUGUUCUCAGAGCCUGGAAUGAAUUCACCUAUCUCCACGAAAUCUAUUACCACUCCCCAGGAAUUCAUUGUACGAUGGCGUCAUAUCAAAUCAUCAUCCACAGUAGCAAAUAUUAAUGAAAGUGAUGCUUUAUCAGAGUUAUUGUUCAGUCAGAAUAGUGAACUGUUGGAAAAUCUUUUUAAUACUGGACUGGGUGUGUCGCUAUUGCCUGACAUCAUCUCAGUAUUAAAUCAUGUUAUCGAUAACACGGAGGAAAUAUUGUCAUCAGCUGAUUGUAAAGUCAACAUGGUUUUUAUGAUUCUUGCAAGUUUUCAAAAGUCUAAACAAUUUUCUGUUGCAGUGGAUUGUUUACUGGAUAAUGAGAAAGAAACUGCACGUAACUUAAUUCAAAAAAUUGAAGAAAUUGUAAAUAAAUCUGGAAAUUUUCAAGUUGAUAGUGAAAUUUUAAAGAAAAUGGCUGAUGCUUUUAAGUGAAGCAAUUACUGUUAUACUAUAAUGCCAAUAGAUCUCAUACUUGAAAAUAUCCGAAACCUUGAAAUAUUUUCUGUGUUUGCUGUAUUUGUGACUUGUAGUAUUUUCGUUUAGAAUCUGUGUGUUAUUGUUUGCUUUCUAAUAGUUUAAACCAUAUUACUUCCCAAAUAUUCUUAAUUGGGGCGAAAUCUCUGCCUCAUCAAAACCAAUCUCUUAACGAAAGUAGAAAAUAUUUAAUGCAAAGUGACAUUCUCACCGUGGCAGCAAGCUAUUCUUUACAGCUAAUGAAAUGUAAUGUUUUAUCAAUUUCGUUGUCUUACUUCUUCAGAAUAUAAUAUUUUACUUAAUAAAUGUAUAUUUGUGUUUAGAGUGAAAGUGAAGUUCACGUAUAUUCGGG